AUGCGACAGCAUCCUGUUAGAUUUUCGGCUGCAUUCGGACAGUUUACUAAAAGACAGCUAUCAUAUUCUCGAUACAUAUAUAGCGAGACAAAUACACAAAAUACCAAAUUCCAAACAUAUAUCUCACAAAUAACUGAUCCAUGGACAAAUCUUGCUAUCGAAGAAUGGCUUUUCCGUCACUCGGAUCCGGAUACUAUCAUACUUUAUCUGUGGAGAAAUAAACCAUGUAUUGUAAUUGGACGAAACCAGAACCCAUGGAAAGAAUGCAACACAAAAGUUGCAAGGGCUCUCAACAUUCCCAUAAUACGACGAAGGAGUGGUGGCGGGACAGUGAUUCAUGACCUUGGCAAUACUAAUUACUCCUUGAUUACUCCUCGAAACCUGUUUGCAAGAAAGACUAAUGCAGAGAUUGUAGCCUCAGCAUUAAGGAAAGAUGGAAUACCUGCUCAUGUGACAGAACGUCAUGAUAUUGCUGGAUACAAGCUACUGGUUAAGGUGAAAAGUAGCACUACUGAACAAGCAAGAAGCCAACAAAGCCUUGGAAGUGCCUUUAAAUUGAUACAUUCUAGAGCAUACCACCAUGGUACAAUGUUGAUUUCGUCCAACCUGGAAAUGCUGAAACAAUGUCUCAAGGUGUCCCAUAAGGGGAUUCUGAGUACAAAAGGUGUCGAGUCUGUUACUUCACCUGUCAUAAACAUAAAUAAAAUUAAUCCAUAUGUGACACAUGAGAGAUUUUGUGAGAUUAUGUUGAAGGAGUUUAGUGGUGUAUACUCUUCCGACAAACAGGUUGUCCCUACACAUUUACAAGAAGAUUUCUUAGCUCCACAAACAUGGGACUGGACAUAUGGACAAACUCCAGAAUUUACUUAUGAGGUCUCAAAGUCGUUUGAUUGGGCUCGUCUCAAAACAUUUAUUAAAUCAAGAUCGGGAAUAGUCAUAUCAAUAACAAUAAGUAGUGAUCACACGAGACAUGAUAACGUCAUUAGGGCUUUUGAGGAUGCACUCGAAGGUCGAGCAUAUAGUCCUAAAAGUGUACAAAAUUGCACUGUGGAUAUUGCAAAUGAGUUUCUUGGAGAAAAUGAGAAUAUGAAAGUUAUCAGCGAUCUUGGAGAGUGGUUGGCUGACGUUAUAGAAUAA